AUGAAUUCCCCAACUGCCUCUGAUCCUAUUGUCCGAACACUGGAUGCCCCUGAAACGAAAGACAUGCAAGAGGCAUUCCUCCCGGGAGAGAGCCCACAAGACGUCGCAUCAGUUAUCCAGGAAACCAUGGAUAUUUUCGACAAACGCAUGCGUCUCACGCACCCACACUGCUUUUGCUAUGUACCGUCAUGUCCAUCUCCGCUAGCCUGGGUGGGGGACCUGUUCACCUCACUCUACAAUGUAAACGCGGUUAGUUGGGAUGUGAGUUCUGGUCCAAGUGCAAUGGAACAAGGAAUGAUCAGGUGGCUGGCCCAGCAGGUUGGUCUUCCUCCUUCUGCUGGUGGAUGCUUUGUCUCCGGUGGCUCUAUGGCAAACCUAUCCGCCGUCGUGGCAGCUCGAGAUAAGUUGCUUCCCCCUAUGCGACGGGCUGAGGGAACCAUAUACACAUCGGACCAAACGCAUAUAUCGAUAAAGAAAUGUCUCCAUAUAAUCGGCUUCGACGAACACCAAAUCCGCGUUAUCCCCACAGACCACCUAUUCCGCAUGGACACUGAUAUCCUGCGACGAACGAUUGCAGCCGACCGCCAAUGUGGUCGCCUACCUUUUCUCGUCGUGGCCAGCUGUGGAACCACAAAUACGGGCAGCAUCGAUCCCCUCCAUGCUCUAGCCGACGUGGCUGAAGAAGAAGGACUGUGGCUGCACGUGGAUGGUGCGUACGGUGCGUCAAUUGCCCUCUCCGACAAGUACCGCCAUCUCGUGGAUGGAAUUGGUCGCGCAGACAGUAUAUCAUGGGACGGACAUAAAUGGCUUUUCCAAACAUAUGGUUGUGGAAUUGUCCUCACUCGUGAUAGUGCGUCCCUCGCCCACAGCUUUGCCGUGGAUGCAGAGUAUAUCAACUCGACGACACCGCACGGGGCCGUGAAUUUCUACAACCUUAGUCCUGAACUCAGCCGCCCAGCGAGAGCCAUGCCGCUUUGGUUUACGCUGAGGGUGCUGGGACGUCGGCAGAUGGGAGAGAUGAUUGAUCAAGGGUUCCUUCUCGCCCGCACCGCCGAAGAGGAGAUUCGACGAUAUCCGCAUUGGGUGAUCCUGGCACCAGUAACAGCGAGUAUUGUCGUCUUCCGAUACUGUCCAUUGGGGUUGAAGGAUGAUGAUCUGGAUACACUGAACCUGGCCCUCUCAGCUCGACUUUUGGCAGAGAAUGUUGCGUCCAUCCUCACAACAAACAUCCGUGGUCGGGUAGCACUACGUUUCUGUGCAACAAACCCUGCCACCCAAGCAGAUACAAUCACGAAGGUGGUUCAACAAAUGGACCAAAUGGCCAACACAAUGCCCACUUGCGGACUUGGAAUGUGCAAGGAAUAG